UGUAAUCUCCACGUUGAUCUUGUCUCUGUCGUGAAGCAAGGAAAACUCACGAUGACAGCGUCGGUAACGGCGUUUAUAGACAUAACAGAGGAGGAACAGGCUCAAGAGUUGAAAGAUUAUUUAACAUCUCUUGGAGCGUCGUUUGAUGAGACGACAUCAGGAGAAGUUGACGUGGCGAAGAUUAUUCAAGCAGUAGCCAACUCGUUUUCGAUUUGUAUGGCGAAAGCAAGUGAUGAAGAUGCAGAGAGUGUGCUGAAUUGUGUACUAUCGUUCUCAUUCAUGUUGAAACAAGACGAGUUCUUAUCCGUUCUUCGUUCGUUGACACGAGAACUCUCGUCCAACAUCACAACUGAAAACAGACAUUCACGAUUUCAACUAUUGAAUAUUCUGUAUGCUGCAAUGGACGAGAAGUGUCCUGUACGAUUGGACGUGUGGAUCGCAUUGCUGCGUUUGUCUGUCGAUCUGAACAGCACUCUGACUGUCCCCGUCAGCUUGAAGAAGUUGAAUGGAUGGCUGACAGUGUGGAAAACAGAGAAAACGAAAGCGAGGGAAGCAUAUCAUGUGUUACAUAAAACAUUGAGACAUUAUAAGAAAAAAGAAGCCAGUGAUGUGCAAGUUGACUUGUUGAGAACGUACAGUGCUGACGAACUUCCUACAGCAUCAGCUGAUGCACAUCAGUGUAUUAUAGACGCUGUUGCAGAUCCAGAGGCUUUGCUGCUUGAUCAUCUACUCGUAUUGCUACCAAUUGAAGCAUUGAAAGGAACAGAAGUGCACGAGCUUUUGAAAAUAUUUGUGAGCGGCACACUCUCUGAUUACAUAACCUUUUAUGCAGAACAUCAAACAUUCAUUGAGUCAGAAGGGCUUUCACAUGAGAAAAACUUAAAGAAAAUGCGUCUGCUGACAAUCAUUUCUUUGGCUGCAUCAUCUAGUGAGGUGACGUUUGAGCAGAUAGCUCCACAGUUGAAGUUGGAAGAAGAUAAAAUUGAGGAGUUUGUAAUCAACGGUAUACGGGCUAAGCUAAUAGGAGCAAAGAUCAACCAAGUUGAAAAGAAAGUGCAGUUUACGUCACUCAUGCAUCGCCAGUUUGAUCGUCAACAAUGGGAGUCACUCAAUAGUCGUCUGAACGCAUGGAAGAUGAAUAUUAGCAAGGUGUUUGGUAGUAUAAAAUCAGUUGUAGGUUUGACUUGAUCUUUAAGCUAAAAAUAUAUCAACCGUCAAACAU